AGUUUCAGGUCUUAGAUAAUGAACAGUGAUCAAUCUCAUAACGGAUAUGUGUAUCGCUGUUAUUGUGUGGUAUGCUAGAAAAGAGCUGAGCGAAAUGUCAGAUAUAAUUGUUUAAAUUAUCCAUUUGUUCACUCACCUCUAUCUCCAUUUGGGUCCAUUUGGGUAAUCAGUGCACCCCCAGUCUAUAUAUCACACUACUAGCUGUUAUCUUCAUUCACCUCUUCAUGACAAGAUGGAAGGCUGAUAGAUUUACCAGGAUGAAGUGGCUGCCCAGUUAACUACUCAUGUGACCCUGACCCCCAGAGAUGGACCCACAAUCCCAAGAUGUCCUCUUGUGUGAUUUCUGCAAAGAUAUUCCUCUACAGAGUCACUGUGAACUUUGUCAUAUAAAUCUCUGUAUUAACUGUGUCGGGAAACACCUCUUAGAUUCCUCCAGAAAACAUCGAGUGGUUCCGUACACAGAGAGAGGUUAUACACCUGACUACCCAAAAUGUCAAAGACAUGGCGUAAAACACUGCGAGCUUUACUGUGAAAAUUGUGACAUUCCAGUCUGUCCUUCCUGUCUCUCCUCUAGUAAACAUGAAGGUCACAAGUUAUCAGAUAUUCUGGAAAAACUCGACUCAAAAAAACAAGGUAUCGAAAAAGAUUUGGAAGAACUGGAGACCAUUAUUUUUCCUCGAUAUCAAAAAAUUGCCUCCGAUGUUCAAAUUGAGAAAGCCAACAUUGAAACGAAUUACGGGAAACUGACAACAGCUGCUGACCAACAAGGAGAAGUCUGGCACCAAGAGAUCACCACCAUUGUCGAGCAACAAAAAUCUGACAUUGAGGAGAUGAAAAACCAACACCUGGCUGUUUUAGAUGAACACACAAAUCAAAUCACACAGAGCAUAUCUGAAAUCAAACAGGCCAUUUUAGACCUAAAAACACUUCUGGAAACCAAUAAUAUUGCCUUCACAUCUAUCUACAAUUCUAAGAAUUCUGAGUUCAAAAGAUUGCCUCCAAAAGUCCAAGUUAUAUUACCAAGUUUAUGUUGUCCAACAGUAGACACAGAAGGACUCCACAAAAUGUUUGGUUCUUUGUCAUCAUUAUCUAUUACAAAAGAACAUGGCUACACACUGCUUGAUGAACCGCAGCUUACCGAAAGUAUGGACCCCGAGUUUUAUACACCACGCAAUGUUACCUGUCUCGGUGAUGAAAAAGUCUGGACAAGUGGGGAAGACAAAAUCAUAAAGCUCCGCAACCUCCAGGGCAAACUACUGAAGUCAAUCCAAACCGAGUCAGAGAACGCUCCACGGGACAUAGCAAUAACACGGGGCGGGGACCUUAUUUAUACUGACCCCAAAACAAGAACUGUAAACAUAGUGAAAAAUAAAAAGAUUCAGACCAUGAUCAGACUACAGGGGUGGGAACCUCUCAAUAUAUGCAAUACCUCCUCUGGCGACCUUCUGGUUACAAUGAACAGUGAUGAUGGCAAAUCAUCCAAAGUUGUGCGUUACUCGGACUCCACAGAGACACAAACCAUUCAGUUUGAUGAUCAGGGUCAACCUCUCUAUUCAUCUGGUGCUUACGUUAACUACAUCAGUGAGAAUAGGAACCUGGAUAUCUGUGUAGCUGACAAUGGAGCUAAAGAAAUAGUGGUGGUCACCGACUUGGGAAGACUACGCUUUAGAUACACUGGUCAUCCCUCUGAUACCGAGGGAUCGUUUGAUCCAGUUGGCAUCACUACAGACAGCCAGAGUCAGAUUCUGACAGCAGACUGUAACAAACAUUGUAUCCACAUCCUAGAUCAGGACGGACAAUUCCUCCGUUACAUUGAUAACUGUGGAUUACGAUGGCCAUGGGGUUUAUGUGUGGACUCCAGAGACAACCUCUUUGUGGCCGAGUGUGAUACCGGUAAAGUGAAGAAAAUCCAAUACCUAUAAACACUAGCUGUGUUCAAUACCUGUACAAAUCUCCACACUGUGUGAUAAUUAAAUAAAUACCCACUGUCUUAAUUACAGAUUUAUAAACAGUAUUAAUUACAGAUCUAUAGUGUUGAUUACAGAUUUAUUCCCAGUAAUAAUUAUUACAGAUCUACACACAGUUUUUAAUUUUAGAUUUGAAUACUGUGUUAAUGUUAGAUCUAAAUACUGAGUUGAUUUCAGACCUAAUUACUGUGUUAAUUUACAUAGCUAAACACUGUGAUAAUUAAAAGUGAAGAUAACAAACAGUGGUCAAUCUCAUAAUUUCCAUAAAGAAUACAAAAUUCAGAGUUGGGAAAAUGUACAUGAACCUCUGGAUAUACCAGAGGUGGGAUCAGGUACCUAGAAGGAGUAAGCAUUCCCUGUUGACUAGGCAAACCCUUCAUGAGCCCUCUAUCUUGAUCAGAUGAAUGAAGUAACUCAUAGAUAAAUAGUAAUUUCAGAUAUAUAUAUUACUCCAUUUACCUGAUUAAGAUGCAAGGCUCACGACCUGUGUGACAUUUCAUACAGCGGUACUCAUCAGACAUUUUGUACCACGGUAGAGACUCAUCAGACAUUUUGUACCAUGGUAGAGACUCAUCAGACAUUUUGUACCGUGGUAGAGACUCGUCAGACAUUUUGUACAGUGGUAGAGACUCAUCAGACAUUUUGUACCGUGGUAGAGACUCAUCAGAUAUUUUGUACAGCAGUAAACUCGCCAGACAUUUUGUACAGUGGUAGACUCAUCAGACAUUUUGUACAUUGGUAGCCUCACUAGAAAUUUUGUACAGCGGUAGUUGGUAGACUCAUUAGACAUUUUGUACAGUGGUAGUUGGUAGCCUCACUAGAAAUUUUGUACAGCGGUAGUUGGUAGACUCAUUAGACAUUUU